GACAUUGCAAGAUAUAGCAAAUUAAUCUCCCCAAAGAACACAGGGCACAAUGAGGAGAAAGAGGAGAAGUUGCUUAAGAGAUGUCCUCCAGGCCAUGAGGGGACAAGGUCGGUGGACAUACCUGCCACAAUUCUAGAUAAGGAAAUUUGGGCAGCCACCAAUUUGCUGUCUCCAAGUCUGGAAAGAAGUGUAAAGGUCAAUGGGAAUUGGCAAACCAAUCCAGAGUGGUUCAAACACAGGUCCAAAGAUGUUGGCUUACCUGCCGGGUGCAUCAAUUUAUCUCUGGCAUGGUUUCAACAGUGGCACGAGAAUCUAUCGGACCCGGAGGUAUCUGCAUCAUUAAAGGGACCAUUGUCCGAGGGAAUUCUGAAUGCCAUUGCGAGGCCGGCAGCCAUCACAUUAGCGGCACUCAUGAUCAUGCAUCCAGGGCAGUACUGGGCAGGGUUACGAACAUUUACAAGGCUCGGAGAAAAGGCAGAAACCAAGGAACUGCCAAGAAUGUCCGAGAUCCUCCAGUACUGGGCAUCCGUGUUUAACAUGCUAUCCAUCAUUUCCAAUCGUCAAACCCCGUAUCAUCGAGACCAUUUAUUAAUUCCCAAAUGCUUUGAUAUUCUCACCACUGUGGGGAAUUAUUCUAAUGCUUGGAUGAGCAUGCCAAGCCUUCAGCUGGAGCUCAGGUACAAUCCCGGGUGUAUGAUUGGAUUUUCUGGAAGGAUUGUCAGACAUGGGGUUCAUGAGGUGGAAGGGGAC